GUUGGCAGAUCCGCGAUUCAACGUUCCUUCGGAAAUCGAUUUAGUGAUAGGAACCGAAUGGUUCUGGGAGUUGAUGUGCGUAGGGCAGAUCAAUUUAGGUCCUGGCAGACCGAUAUUGCAAAAAACUGUGUUAGGUUGGUUGAUAGUCGGAUCGGUGACGACGGGAAAUUUAGGACGCAAGCGAUACGCUUCCUGCAACCUAAGUAGCGUCCGAGAACUGGAUGAAGCACUACGGCAAUUUUGGAAAAUUGACGACAUUCCUGUGAGAGGGGAGUCUACCAUUGAUGAGUUGGCCUGCGAGGAAUUCUUCGAGAAUACGUACGAACGGAACGCAAAGGGAAGAUUCGUAGUCAAGCUGCCUGUAAAGGAGGACGUUAUGAAGCAAAUGGGCGAGUCGAAAGAUAUUGCUCGACGACGUUUUUUAUCGUUAGAAAGGAGGCUAGAUAAGGAUCGUGAUCUGAAGAAAGAAUACGUUCAGUUCAUGCAGGAUUAUGAGAGACUAGGCCAUAUGAAACAGAUAGAUGAGCCACGGAACGUUAAAUUCAGGAUUUUCUUACCGCACCAAGCUGUAGUGAGAAAGGAUAGGACAUCCACGAAGACCCGAGUCGUAUUCGACGCCUCGAGUAAAGACAGCAAAGGAGUAUCCCUUAAUGACGCGUUGCGCAAGGGUCCGACACUUCAGUCUGAUUUGUUCACGAUAAUUCUCAGGUUUCGCUGUUAUAGGUACAUCUUGACCGCAGAUGUUAUUAAAAUGUACAGGCAGAUACUGGUGCACGAAGAGCAUACGCCUCUUCAGACGAUCUACUGGAGGGAGAAUUCCACCGAAACCAUAAGGCUGUACGAGUUGGUCACGUUGACCUACGGUACAAAACCGGCGUCUUAUAUCGCAGUCAAAUGCUUGCAGAA